ACAGGUACUCUAACAUCUGUAAAUUACCUUGAUAUGUUUAUGUAAUAACUUUUUGAGUUAUAUUCAUAGGGAGACAUGGGUAAUACUAAUAUAUUGGAGGUGAAAAAAUCGCAAGAAAAAACAUUUCUAGUGUUUUUUAUUAUGCAAAGUAGCUUUUUAUUGGAUAAAUAUCUAAAUAUUUAAAAUACAUGCCCAAAAUCCAUAUUAUUUUAAUUAAAAAGAUGCAUAAUAAAUAAAUUUGACGGUGUGAAUCUAGAAAAAAGGAAAUUUUCCUUUACUAAUAGUAGACUUGUAAAAACAAUCGUCGAAAUCCUCCUAGGAAAGGGAAAUUUACCUUUUAGUCCAUUCUCAUCCAUCACCAUCUCCUAUAAAAACAACAACAAACUUACAUCAAAUCUCAAGUAUCAACCCAUCCUAUAACAACAAACAAAACAAUCAUCCCACAAGAACAAAGAAACCCUCAACACCUAAGAAUAAUGGACACUUGCUUGGACUGCAAGAGAGUCACCGAGACGGUGAUCGACAUAAGAACCGGCGACACAAUCUGCACAGAGUGUAGCCUCGUCAUCUCCGAUCACUACAUAGACGACAGCCAAGAAUGGAGAACGUUCGCCAACGACGAUAACAGCAACGACCGAGACCCUAACCGCGUCGGUGCUCCCACCAACCCUCUUCUCAAAUCCGGCGGUAUCGGCACCAUCAUCGACACAACUACCUCCAGCUCCAAGAAUGACUUGUGCCGCGUGCAGAAUCUCGUCAGGAACUCUGAAGAGGAUAUGAUCGUGAAAGCGUGCAAAGAAAUCAAGAGAAUGACGGAUGAUCUAGGUCUUGUUAGCGGUGUCGAGUUUAGGGCUUGCGAGAUUGUGUCCAAGUUAGAUGGUGACUACAGGAAGAGACUAAGCAGACAGAAACACUUUGUCGCUGUCUGUGCGGCCGCUGUUUCAACGGCGUGUCGUGAGAUGAAUCUCUCGAGGACGUUGAAAGAGAUCUCUAUGGUAGCUCACGGUGUGAGUUUGAAAGAAAUAAACAGAGCGAGUAUGGCUAUAAGGCGUCUACUUCAGUCAGAUCAAGCGGAGACGACAGAUUCUUCUUCUUGUGCUGCUCCUCAGGUGAUUAUCAAAACAAGAGAACUUGUACGCCGGUUCUGUUCUAAACUAAACAUAACCGAAAGAGAGACAAAGGCCAUUGGAGAAGCUGUUGAAGUAGCUGAGAAUUUCGAUAUCCGGAGAAACCCUAAGUCGGUUCUAGCUGCUAUUAUCUUCAUGAUCUGUCAGCUAUCUCAGACCAAUAGGAGACCUACUCGAGAAAUUGCGAUCGCUGCGGAAGUUGUGGAGAAUACUAUCAAGAGCUCUGCUAAGGAUAUGUACCCUUACGCAUCAAAGAUUAUACCCGAAUGGUAUGCUUCUGAAGAAAAGGUCAAGAGGUUAGGAGGUAUCAUAGGAUCUUGGGAUGCUGCAAAACUUUAACACAUAGGGAAAGCCUCUAGUUGCGUAAGAAGUUUUAGAAUUUAUCAUAUUGAAGUAGAUCGCUUAGAUUAGAUAUAUGCUCGGAUUAAAGAUUUAUGCAGUCUUUUUCUAUUAUUUAUAUAACGAAAAUGUAUCUAGCCGCAAGUAGAGAAUUAAUAGAAUCUAUGUUUACAUAUAUGGUUAAAUAAACAACCUUUUUGAGAAGCUUAAAAGAGGUUAAAUCACAUUCUUAUUCUCGUGCAGAAUAAAUAAUGUUAGGGCGUGUUCGUUUCUCCAUCUCUCAUCUCCAUCCAGCUGAUCCAUCUAGAUGAUUUAUCCAAAUUUUAAGGGCUGUUCGUUUUUCUAUCCAGAUGAGCUAUUUAAAUGAACCAUUUGGAUGAAUUUUAUGUUCGUUUCUUGUUUUUCAUUUUCAUCCAGAUGAGUGUAAUAAACCAAUUACAAAUUUACCCUUGUUUUGAUCUAAUCAUAUGUUUGAUAUUAAUUUUAACUAUACUAAAUUUUUUAUUUAGUCUAAAAUAUAUUUAAACUAAAAUUAUUUUAAAAUUAGCAUUUUGACAUUUACAAAUUUUUAUUUUAUAUAAAUUUAUUAAUUUUUAUUUAAAUUUGCAUUAAAAUUAACUACAACUAUAACUUUAAAUAAAACUCAUAAUACAAACUUUAAAUAAAACUCAUAAUACAAACUCAAAUUUGAAUAAACUUCUAAGCAACUCAAAGUAGAAAUUCAAAGUGGAAUUUGCGGAAAAAACGUAUUUUCACGAUUUUGGCGGGAAAACAUAAUUUUACAGUUUUGGCAAUACGCUUUUGCGGUUUCAACGAGAAAGUGCGUUUUUACGGGUUUGGCGAGAAAAUGCAUUUUUACGGUUUUGGUGGGAAACCUUGUUUUUACAGUUUUGGCUGGAAACCGUGUUUUUACGGUUUUGGUAGGAAAAUGCAUUUUUACGGUUUUGGCGAGAAGCCGUGUUUUUACGGUUUUGGUGGGAAAAUGUGCUUUUAUGGAUUUGGCGAGAACCCGUGUUUUUACGGUUUUGGCAGGAAAACGUGUUUUUGCGGUUUUGGUGAGAAAACAUAAUUUUACAGUUUUCGCGGAAAAUGCGUUUUGCGGUUUUGGCUGAAAACGGUGUUUUAUGGUUUUGGUAGGAAAACGUGUUUUUAUGGUUUUGGCGGGAAAACACGUUUUAUGCUUUUGGUUGGAAAACGCAUUUUUAUGGUUUUGGCAGAAAAACACGUUUUUUUGGUUUUGGCGGGAAA